CGGUGCUCCAUUAAAACAGACGAAGGAGAAGUUAAACGCGGGCGGUGUUGGUGACGUAGGAAGAGGGAAAUCCAAAACGGCGCCGCGGUCCUGUCGUCUCGGAAGAUGUUUUGAAGUUUAAAAAGUCAAGUUGAAGUGGAAGACAGUUUGCUAAAGCGGAAGAAAACACAAUGCAGAGGGCCUCCCGUUUAAAGCGUGAACUUCAGAUGCUGAGCACCGAGCCACCUCCAGGGAUAACAUGCUGGCAGACCGAGGAGAAGAUAGACGACCUCCAGGCGCAGAUCGUGGGCGGAACAGAGACUCCAUAUGAAGGUGGACUCUUCUCCUUAGAGAUCAAGGUCCCAGAGAGGUACCCAUUCGAGCCUCCUAAAAUACGAUUCUUGACCCCCAUCUACCACCCAAACAUUGACACUUCAGGACGUAUCUGCCAUGACGCUCUCAAACUCCCACCAAAGGGUGCCUGGAGGCCAUCACUAAACAUCUCCACGGUCCUCACCUCCAUUCAGCUGCUCAUGGCUGAGCCCAAUCCAGAUGACCCACUUAUGGCUGACAUUUCAUCAGAGUUCAAAUACAACAAACCGUUGUUCGCGGAGAAGGCCAAGAAGUGGACACAAGAACAUGCUGUUCAGAAGAACAUGGGAGUUGUGGAUGGAAAUAAAGAAAAUACUCCAGGUCAGAAAGCUUCAUCCCGCAAAAGAGAAGCCUUCGGUGCACAGCAGCAUGCGGAGGAGCCAGCAAAGAAAACCUGUCUGUAGUUUCUAUCUUCCUUGUUAGGAGCCACAGAUCUCUCCUCCAGAGCCACCUUGCCCUAUACACUUGUAUAAUGUUAAUUUUGUGUUUAUACUUUAAUUUUCUAUGUAUGCAUUCCUUAUUCUUUUUUAGAAAUAUCUACAUAUUUAUAUGUAUAGUUUCCGUUGUGAUAUUAAAGUUUGUUUUUAAACAUUAA